UUCCCAUUUAAACGAACACGGUCUUGCCGAAGAUGGCGGAGAGUUUGUAGAGGCGUAAAAGAAACUGGUGUAGUCAAUGAAAGCGUCGAAGCCGGAGAUGUUCAGGAGACAAGUCUGAGACGUGACGUAGGCCCUGAAUGGAGUUUGACUGUGGCUUGUACUGGCUAAGGUGCUGAUACGUGCUGAAGAUGAGUGGCGUAGGAGACAAUUUAUUAGAGUCGCUGAGCUCCGAUCGCAAACGUAAACUCUCCACCUGCGACACACCGGGUUUAGGGUGUGACAAGCGUCGGAGGGAGCAGGAGAGCAAGUACAUMGAGGAACUGGCUGAGCUCAUCUCCGCCAACCUCUCUAACAUCGACAGCUUCAACGUCAAGCCUGACAAAUGUGCUAUUCUCAAGGAGACCGUGAGGCAGAUCAGACAAAUCAAAGAGCAAGGAAAGAACUCUUGCAACGAUGAUGAUGUGCAGAARGCAGAUGUGUCCUCCACUGGUCAAGGGGUCAUUGACAAGGACCAUCUGGGGCCGCUACUCCUACAGGCGUUGGACGGCUUUCUGUUUGUGGUGAAUCGAGAGGGCAGCAUUGUGUUUGUGUCGGACAACGUGACGCAGUACCUGCAGUACAAGCAGGAGGAGCUCAUCAACACCAGCGUGUACAAUAUUAUCCACGAGGAGGACAGAGAAGAGUUUCACAAGAACCUGCCCAAAUCUAAUGCACCAAACGGGGCACCGUGGGGGGGAGACGUGCCUCGUCAGAAAAGCCACACCUUCAACUGUCGAAUGCUGGUCAACCUUGUUCACGGUCAGACUCAUGGGCUGUCAGAAGAAAGACAGGGGGGUCAGCGCUAUGAGACCAUGCAGUGUUUUGCUCUGACCCAGCCCAGGGCCAUGAUGGAGGAGGGAGAUGAUUUACAGUCAUGYAUGAUCUGCGUGGCACGACGUAUCACUGCAGGAGAGAGGAUGGAGCGGUUUAGCACUCGGCAUGAACUGACUGGUAAGCUAAUUGAAAUUGAACACCAGAGCUCUAUUCACACCACCAUGCUUCCAGGAUGGGAGGACCUGGUCAGACGCUGCUUGGUGGUCCUCAAUCGAAGUGAUGGACAGUCAUGGUCAUUCAAACGCCACUAUCAAGAUGCUUUCCAUCAUGGCCAUGCAGAGACGCCACUCUACCGCUUUUCUCUGUCCGACGGCACCCAAAUCACAGCUCAGACGAAGACCGACCUCUGUAGGAAUCCCAACACAAAUGAGCCGCACUCCUUCCUGUCCACACACUUACUACAAAGGGAGCACAGUGGUUAUCGUGGAAACCAGAGUGGCGCCAUGAGGCCCCAAAACCUGGGCAUGAAYAACCCCAACCAGCAGAUGAACAUGGGCCCAGGAGGCAACAUGGGCAUAAACAGAGGUUAUAGCAUGACCGAACAAGGCAACAUGCUGCAGAGAGGUGUGCCUCCCUACUCUGGAGGCGGCCGCAUGAAUCCCAUGAAUCAGAUGAGUCACAUGCAUCAGAUGAAUCAAAUGAACUCCAUGCAUCAGAUGAACAAAAUGGGUCAGAUGAAUCAGAUGAGUCCCAUGCAUCCAAUGAACUCGAUGAACCAAAUGGGAUCCAUGAACCAGAUGAAUCAGAUGGGUCACCAUGGCAUGCACCAUCAGCAGCACCAGCAUCAGCAGAUGGGUCCGUUUCAUGGAGGAGGAAGUGGAGGAUACGGGAUGGUUAUAACCAGCCCUAAUCAAGCCAGUCCAGGGAUCAAUGGUCCUUCACACAAUGUCAUGGGUUCACCCAGAGUUCGAGGAAGCCCCCAGACCGGAGCCAGUCCCUUCUCUCCAGGAGCCAUGAGCUCUCCCAUGAGCUCCACUCACCCUGGAGGUGGAGCAGGAGGAGCCGCUUUCUCCAGCAGCUCGUUGAAUGCCCUACAAGCCAUCAGUGAUGGGGUUGGCAAUCCAAUGCCUGCGCCCCUCACAUCUCCUCCCCCUCACAAGCCCGACACUUCCCCGAGCAUCAACUCCACCAAUCAGCCAGCAGGGGGGCCCUGCAAGGCUGGUCUCCCACCUUACUCUGAGUCCAAGAGCCCAGGCAGCUCGCUAGGAGCCUUGGCAGAGCAGCAGCACCCACAGACCCCUACCAACGAGGGCCCCGCCGACAAGCUGGACAGCCAGGCUUGCCACGUCGGGGUGGAACCCAGCCGACGGGGCUCUGAGAACAGGAAACUCCUGCAGCUCCUUACGUCCCCCACAGAUGAGAUUGUGCCACCCAACCAAGCCCCGAGCUCUGCACCCACGCCUGACUCUAAAGAUGGAGCAGCUGGGGUCAUCAGCCCCUCCUGUUCCUCCACCGCCGUGUCCUCAUCCACAAACGGCAGUCACGGUGCUGUGUUGUCCUCUGGUAGCUCUGGACACUUACCCAACCAGUCCCUGCAGGACAGGCACAAGAUCCUCCACAAGCUCCUGCAGAACGGGAACACUCCUGAUGACGUGGCCCGCAUCACAGCCGAGGCCACCGGGAAAAGCAGCCUGGAUUCAGGGUCACCRGAGCCCGCGUCCUCUGGCGGGGCUAAGGGAUCAGAAUGUAAGAAGGAGCAGCACAGCCCGAAGAAGGAGAAACCUCACGCCCAUCUUCAUUACCUGCUCACCAAAGACGACUCUAAGGAUGGUGGGGAUGUGAAGCCCAAGCUGGAGGACUGGGACAGCAGGGGAGCUCAGGGAGAGGGAGUCACCAGCUCGGACCCCCACUGCAUGGAUGGCAAGGUGAAGCUGGAGCCAUCUGAUGAGACGGAGACACUGGAGACCAUUUUGGGCGUCAGAGAAAACAACUCAAGCUUCUUUUCUAAAGCAGAGUCUAGAGUCGCAAAAGAAAUGGGAAACAAACAGGGAACUAUUCAUGACAGCUUACACGAAGGGGAGAGAGCCCCCCUACCAGGUCAGCGUGGACCCUUUCAGAGAGCCCUGUCUAUGGAUUCUAAGCCUUUAAGUGAAGAAAUGGCAGUAAGAGGUGGACUGGCAGCAAGACGGAACGUUCCCUGUCCCGCUCCACUCAAACAAGAGAACAUGGAUGUUCCAAUCCGGUCGGGRAGUAUGCCCAAUGGUUUUACUGGAGGCAUGGGUGUGUGUUCACCGCGGGGCAAUUCAACAAGAGGUGUAGGCAGAGGGGUUCAACAGCGCCCUCCCAUGGCGGGGCCAGGAGACUGGGGCCUACCCAGGUCUGGCAGCAGCCCUGUUUCAGGACCAGGACAUCCAGGCAUGGGUCAGCCUGGCCACAUGGGAGCACCAAUCAUCAACCGCUCCAACAGCGUACCUGGAGCCACCAGAUCUAUGCUGCAGCAGCAGCUCAUGGAAAUGGGUCCUAAUGAAUCCAAUAUGGGCAUGAGCCCAUUUGGUGGACACGGACCCCCACCUCAGUCCCCCUCCUGGCCUGACUCUGCCAUGGGAGUGGACAGACCACAGAGUAAUACAAACAGGGACCAGUUUGUGCACCCCCUGGGAGAGCAACUGGGACCCCUGGCCAGUAGUGAAAAUCCAAGUGAUGAAAGAGCCCUUCUGGACCAGCUGAACUCUCUGCUCAACACUACCGAUGUCGUGGCUCUGCAGGAAAUAGACCGAGCCCUGGGCAUCCCUGAAAUAGUAGGACAGGCACAAGGACCCGAAGGCCACCAGCAGGUCCAGGAUCAAGGUCAAGGCCUCUGCCCGCCAUCAGAGCCCUUCCCUGGUCAUGACUCUGCAAGAAACAUGGACCAAAAACCCAUGUAUGGCCAGGGCUACCCUGGCCCCCCGGUGCCCCCUUCCAUGGGAAUGCAGCCUGGUUAUGGUGGAAACACAAUGCUGGGUCAGUCUCCUGCAGGCUUCAACCCUGUGAUGAAUCAGAUGGGCCAGGCAAGGAGCUUCCCCGGCAUGGGGGGCAUGGCCAACCCCCGUGCAAACAUACCAAGACUUCGCAUGAUGAAUCCCACCCAGCAGCUUCGUCUGCAGCUACAGCAGAGGCUGCAGGGUCCACAGUUUAUGAAUCAGUCACGACAAAGCAUAAAGAUGGAAAACACCCCCGGAGAAAGCCCUGUCAUGCGCCCAGGCAUGCAGCCYGGCAUGCAGCCUGGAGGAAUGAGCGCUCAGCCUGGUUUCAUGAGUGCACAGAUGAUGGCUCAGCAGCAACACACCCUUCAGAUGAGGAGGCAGAGGAUGCUGUUGAUGAUGCAGCAGCAGCCRCAGCAGCAGGGUCAGGCAGCAGCAGGAGGCUUCAGCCCUCCUCCUAAUGUAAUCGCACCUAUGGACAGCCCCAUGGGAGCGCCCCCCAUGACCCAGUCUGGACAGCAGGGCUUCAACUAUGGAGGUAGCUAUGGAAUGAACCAGCAGGGGGACUCAUCAUUCAUGGCUGCAGGCAGCAGUCCACCCAGAAAUAUGAUUCAAGGACGAAUGGGUGGUCCUCCACAGAACGCCAUGAUGCCAGGGAUGCAGGGGAAUCCUCAGGGAGGACACAUGUACCAGUCUGGAGACAUGAAAGGCUGGCCACAGGGUGGCAUGCCACGCAAUAACCCUUAUCCUCAGCAACAGUUCCCCCAGCAGGGCAAUCAGGGCCAGUUCGCACCCAUGAUGAUGAACAGCUCGAUGAGUGGACCUGGACCAGUCAGUGGCUCUGGUUCGGCUCCGAUGGCUCAGAUGCCAGGCCAGAUGGGCAUGAACCCAAUGGGAAUGGGCAGAAUGCCAAUAGGACCUGAUCAGAAGUAUUGCUGAGAGUCCCGCGGCUGACUCCUAACAGUGGAACUGUGGACUGGACUAUGAUGGGAACUACACACACACACACACACACACAGCAGGAGUGCUAAAACAAAAAAAAACUGAACUUGAAUACUCAGCACAGCGACUCUGCUGCAGAAGAAGCGAGGACUUAAUUUGUGCUAAGUUUCAGUUCCAGUAGGAGCCUUGUAAGCACAAAGAUAAAAACACUCAGUGUGUGUGAGGGUGUGUGUUUCUGUGGCUAACUGGAAGCUGUCGGGCAGUAUUCAGCAUCACAGCCAGCCUACACAACAGGACGAUGGUACAACUGGCUGUGGCUGCACUUUACCUGGAAGCUUCUUUAUGUUGGAGGGGGGGCGGGAGGGUUAAACAAAAAGAUUGAUGCAAUAUUUUUAUCAUGACAGCCUUACGAGAGAUUCAAUGCCUUUACAAGAAUUGGUUUAUUCUGUUCUUUUUCUGCUCUUCUGUCUGAUUGGAAGCUAUAAGCACACAGUUAACUGUAAGGUUAUGGAGAUUGGAGCAAUAAUUCUUGCCUCUUAUGCUUUCGACUGUAGCUGAGCAUCAGAARCCCUGUUUUAAAAGAUGGUACUGCAGUAUUAGACGACUCAAUUGUCUUCUGUAAUUAUAAAUUGUAAAUAUUCGACAAAAGUAUAACAGCCGUGCUUUUUAAAGCCCAAUUCUUGCACAAAAUAUGAGACUUGGUUGUAAUUUUGUUUCUCAUAGGUCAAAGCUGAUUUGAUUGAUUUUGCCUGUUUUAACGUUUGCAGAUAUUUUAGGCACAUUUGGGGUGUUAUGUUCUUGUCAUUUUCUGAAACCUUUGUUUUUUUUUUUAUCUUCCCAAAAAGCUAUGUAUUUUAUCGUUUAACAAAGCACUUUUUUAUCAAAGUAUCUGAUGUGUUGAACAUUUGAUACUGUUGGAGGUUUUAUAGGAAGGUGUUUAAAGUGACGUAAGACGACAUGAACUAGUUAAAAAGAUUUUUUUUUUCUGUGUGGGUUUUGUUUGCAGAUUUCUGACUUCUCCACCUUUUUUCACAGAAGCUCCUUCAAGCUGUUCUUUUCACACGUGUUCUUUUGACUGUUAGCAACUCGCUGAAUCUACCUUUUCAACAUGCGCAAUCCAAAGAUAUUUUUCCACAUCUAUGUAUAGUUUGAGGUUUCUGGUGUACAUUUUUUUAUAAGAUGUGUAUGUUUUAUUCAAAUGGUAAAUGGGUACAUAUCAUGGAUCUGUAAAAGCAUAAGAUGGUUCUGAAUGUGGAAGAAGUUGCUCGCCUGUCUAAACGCUGCAGGCAGAAGAGGACCUGACAGUCUGAACUCCUGCGGUCUGCUUUUUUGAAUCCUGGAGGAUGAAAAAACUUUUUCUUACAUGAAAUAGCAACAGAGUGAAAUCCACUUUAAAACAUAUCAAUAAUUCAUGAAUUUUUCAGGAAGCAGCAUCAUUUUCUGAUCAGGUUUUGUUACUUCAGGACAAAAAGGAACUUGUUUGGAGGUGAGAUAAGAUGUCGUUUUACAGGAUGUAUAUUACAGAUGUUUUUUUCUGUUGAUGUUCAUAUUCAUGUAAAUACAAGUUUAUAUUUAAACACUCGA